AAGUUGCUUGCGUAUAAAAUUGAGUGGGCUUUGAGCUAGAGGCAACAGUUUGUUUAGCGACUUAGAGCUUAGCAUGUUACAAUUGCAACUUUGUCUAUUUGCCUUGGUGGGCAGCUGCGCUGCUGGCAGCUUGGAGUGGCCUGCUGAGCUGGUGUCGCUUAGCUCCAGCAAAUCCUUGCAGUCAGCGCCAAGCAGUGAAUCCGCUGAGCUGCAAGCCGAUAACAGCGCCAGCGCUCAAGCUGAGCCAGCGCCCGAGCUAACAUCAGAAAACAGCGCGAGUGCUCAAGCUCAAGAUGCUUUGGAUGCUUCACAGCUAUCUGUGGCCUUGCCGCUGCCUUUGGUGCUUGCCGCACGCGCUGGACUGCGCACUGUGCUGACCAUAGCCGAACCCACGUCUGUGCAGCUGGGCGAACUGGUGGAGCAUGUGCCCACAGCAGUCUCGCAUCAAAGCCAAACCAUUGUGCAUGAUCAUCGUCGUCUGGUGACGCCCAUUGUGGCACCUGGAGUGCGCACCACACAGCUAGUGCGUCAGCAGUCGCCUUGGCUAUGGACGCUGUCCGCUGAACCGCAGUCGCCGUCACAGACACAGCCACGUCUGCUGCUGCUCAGAAACAGAAACUAAAAAAAAAUGCGCGCACUCAAGCUGCAAAUCAAAGCCAAAGAAGAAAUUUAUGCCUUACGAAAAGAAAUUUUAACUCCUUUACUAUCUCACUCUAGCUGCUGCCAUUUUCUAUUCACAAGCUCUAACUUAACUAUCUUUAAUUUUUUCUUCUUUCUGGAAUAAAGCAAUUCGCAUUUACAAUCAA